UUUAGUGUGACUGCAGCAGUAAAAAUGAAUGGUCUUUUGUUUGGAUUUUCUCUUAUUGUUGUGGCGUUCGCCCAGCAGCACCACCCACCCCACCAUCCGCACCCAGGCGGCCCAGUAGCCUGUCAUCAAGACACAGACUGUGCUGGGUGUGACGCUGGACUAGUCGGUUUCUGCGAGACCGGAGUCUGUUACUGCAGGAAUGAAUCCACAGUGGUUGUUAAACGUGCAGCAUGCACGGAUAACGCCGACUGCCCUGCGUGCCAGAACGGGUUGGCCGGCACCUGCAACGCUCAAGGCCACUGUGAGUGCCAGGACACCGCGCAUCACCCAGUGGGAAAACGUGCAGCGUGCACGGAUAACGCCGACUGCCCUGCGUGCCAGAACGGGUUGGCCGGCACCUGCAACGCUCAAGGCCACUGUGAGUGCCAGGACACCGAGCAUCAUCCAGUGGGCAAGCGCGCUGCGUGUAACAAGGUGCACGACUGUAGCGCCGCCGGUUUCACGUGCCCAGACACGCAUACCGUCACAUGUUCAGCUUCCGGCCACUGUGAUUGUGAAGACACCACCCAUCAACCAGUGGGCAAGAGGUACGCGCUAUUCGCCAAGCGCCUAACAUGCCAUGGACCAGGAGACUGUCACAGCUUCACAUGCCCGAAUGACGUGAAGGCAGCCUGCAGCAGCACUGGACACUGUGAAUGCCAAGGAGAAUCCACUGUCGGACGAAAAUAAAAUUCCUCAGGCAGUUGCUUGUGAUGACUCGACAUGUGUUUGUUAAAUUUUGAUCAAUAAAAUUGUUACAC